UCCAUAUUCAGACCUCAGUAUGCAACACUCGUCUUGCAUAUAUUAUGUUCAUGACGCAGCAGCAAAAAAUUGUUCAUGUAAAAACUGCAUUGAACUUUAUAAGAGGAGACGCGGAUUUUGUGUUUCUUUUUUUAUUCGUAAUUCAUUUUCCCCACUUUUAACAUUUGCACUCAUACUUCCAGCAGACAACGUUGGAGACAGAAGAAAAAUAUGAUUAAAUAUUAAUAAGAGGUGUCCCUGCUCUUCAAGGAGCCUUUUUAUUCAUUCAAAUACCCCCUUUGUGUUGAGCCAUAGCGCCCCAGAAAUAAGCUGUGAGAUGAAUUUAUAAUUAUCUACCUUUUCUAUACCGAGUGAAAGCGGAAUGAAAUCGCCUUCCCAAAUAUCCAUCACAAAGAAAGAGAAUAUUGAAAGAAACAGCAGCGUGUAGUUGGAGUGAAACGAAAUUGCUUAACCGAAUGCAAGAAGGGUGAGGAGCAUUUGCUCCAGUGUAAAGUCAUGGAUACUGGAGCAGUUCAACAACACAAUGCACCUCUUACAGUAAAUGAGCAGGUGAUUGUCAUGUCUGGUCAUCAGACCAUACGUGUGCUAGAAGUUGGUGUUGAUACCCCGGUACAGUCUGAUGAGUCUGGAAAGGCCUCGGAGUCCUCUGGCCCAGAACCUGAGGACACAAAUGAUGUGCUAUGUCAUUCAGAGAAUUCAUGCACUGAAUCUGUAGCAAAGUCUUCUACUGGAUUAGUUUCUCCUGCUAUCUCAUCGUUGCUCACUAAUGUGUCAACCCAGCCUCAGCCAGCUCUAGCAUCCUUUGCUGUGCAAGCAGCACCCCAGGUCUUGACUCAGGAAAAUUUAGCUACACUUGUUACAGGAGUAAUGGCUCCCGCAGGGGCAGUUACUCAGCCUGUUCUGAUCCCCAUCAGUAUUGCAGGUCAGAUGGCUGGCCAGCAGGGACUGGCCGUAUGGACUUUUCCUACUGCCACAGUAGCCACACUUCCUGGAUUGGCGGCUGCCCCUCCCACAGGAGGGGUUUUCAAACUGCCUUUAACCAACCUGCAAGCAGCUUCAGUCCUGAACAGUGCCCUACAGAGCCCUCUUCAAGCAGCUCAAGCCAUCCAGACAGUUUACCAGGCACAACCUCCUAUACAGACCCAACCUCUGCAAACAACUGGUCAGGUCCAAACUGCCCUGCAAGCUCCAGCAGCUGUGGUGCCAACAACAUUACCCAAAGCAGCGGAACCACAGACUCAAAUCACUGUUCAGCCAGCAAGCUUUACCUUUAACCCAGCUAUUAUAAGUGCAGCUUCUCUUGGAGGUCAGACUCAGCUACUGGGCUCCUUAGCCACUACACCAAUCUUUGCAAGUGCUAUUCCUAGUGUUCAAGGCAUCACAGGCCAGAUCCUUACCAGCGCCCAAGGCCAAGUGAUUGGUACUCUGCCAUGGCUGCUAAACUCAGCUGGAAUAACAGCCGGUGCAGCAGCAACUGCUGUUUCUGCACAGAAUUUGGUCCAAGCUGUUACUCCUCAACUGCUUCUCAAUGCCCAAGGACAAGUUAUUGCAACUCUGGCUAAUAGCACAGUACAACCGCAAGCCAUCCGUAAACAAGCUUCCCCGGAAUUGCCAGCUAAGGAAGAGCAGCAGAUUCCUUCAAUACCACAGAUACAGCCAGCUCCAGUUAUAACUCAGCCAUCAGUUGUUGUGGCAAAUCAAUCUCCAGCAACCACGUCAACCUCUACACAAGUUCAUAUCAAUUGCUCUGAACCUCCGACUGUCGGGCAACUGGUGUCCAAACAACAUGCUGGAGGUUAUGAUGACGAUGGAAUAAACCUAGAAGAGAUUCGGGAAUUUGCAAAGGAUUUUAAAAUCCGACGCUUGUCUCUAGGUUUGACACAGACGCAGGUUGGGCAAGCGCUGACAGCUACAGAAGGACCAGCUUACAGUCAGUCUGCCAUAUGUAGAUUUGAAAAGUUGGACAUUACACCAAAAAGUGCUCAGAAGCUAAAGCCUGUAUUGGAAAAGUGGUUAAAUGAGGCUGAAAUGAGGAACCAAGAGGGACAGCAGAAUCUGAUGGAGUUUGUAGGUGGGGAGCCAUCCAAGAAAAGGAAAAGACGUACCUCCUUUACGCCUCAGGCUGUAGAGGCCCUGAACUCCUACUUUGAGAAGAACGCUUUGCCUACUGGACAGGAGAUCACAGAGAUUGCUAAGGAGUUGAACUAUGACCGUGAAGUGGUCAGGGUUUGGUUUUGCAACAGACGACAGACUCUGAAAAAUACCAGCAAGCUCAAUAUCUUUCAGAUUCCCUAGAAAGUGAGUGAAUUUCUCAAAAUGCCACUAAAUCCCCAUCAUCUCCCUUUUUAUCGGUGGUGAUGCCAUGUAGUGUUUUCUAUAAAAGCACUUUCUGCUUCAUCCAUAAAUAUGUUGUUCUUUGAACUCAAACCUGACACUUUUUAUAUGAAAAAAGCCAACCUUAUUGAAAGGUCAAUAGCCAUCUCAGCUUAAUCACUACGGGGGGCCCUAUUAAGCAGAUUUGCAUAUUUUGUGCAUCCUUAGUAGCCAAAAAAUGUUUCGAUCUGAGGUGUCACAAAAAAUAUAUGAACUUUUAUAAGUAAGGGUUACUAUUGUCUGAUGCAGAUUAGUCAUGUUUAUACGGAGUACCACAUUUGACACAUUUGGUCAGGAUAUUGUGUGCUCUUUGCAGGAAGCAGAUAAUGAAUUUGUACCAUUUGAAUUUUCUGCUCAUGAUCACGUUCACAUUUAUUUUUUAUUUUCAGUCCAGAGGACUGGAGGAAUUCAGAAAAAGGAAUGGUUCAGCAAUGUUUUUUAUAUGACAUAUUUGUAUGCCUAAACCUCCAUUGUUGUCAUCCAAGUCUAUACACCCGAAGAUUGGAGCACUUGCACAAUAUGUUUCAUUUCUGGUAUAUACUGGAAUGUUUUAUUUUCCAACAUAUAUAUCAUAACCAUGUUCCUAUUGUUGAAUUAAUACAUUGCCUGAACAAAAAGACUGUUGCCUUUUUUAGAUGGUGCUGCUUAUGUACUGUAUUGCUUUGAGAGGUCACAAGCAUAAAAGCCAAACUCCUCAAAUAAUGGUAUUCCAGUUUUGUAAACUUUUGAGCCAUGAUAGACUUUGUUCCAAUGGAGCGCUGAAAUAGAAUGGUUAUGCAUUCUGAUAAAAAAAAUAUAUUUCCCAAGACAUGUUGUUAUUCUUUGUAAAGUGAUAAAGAUUUGCAAAGGGAUGCAACACACUAAUUUUUAUAUAACAAUAAUGAAUCAGCAAAGGUUACAGUGUAUGUUAAAGGGUCAUGCAAUUGAGAAAUCACGUUAUUGUAAAUUCAGUACAAUAAAAUGCAUAAUUAUUUAAAA